CUCCUCAAGAUGGCUGUCCUGCUGCUGUAGGAGGACAGGAGUGAGCUGUAAGGGUGAAGCAGCCCAGUCUGUUAUAUAGUCUGCCUGCAGAUAUCACAAAACACGUUUCCAGAUGAGAGAAACAGACUAUUGGAAUUCUGGCAUCUAUGUCGGGAAACUCUAACCAAACUUACGUUUAACUUAGUGGAUCAAAAUUGAAGGCUUGACAAGUUAAGGGAGGUUCAAAGCAAAAUUGUGGGAGCAUCUUCAUAAUCGACUCAUGAGACACGAAGUUAAAAAUCCAAUGACUGACAAGAUCUUGAAACUUACCCUGGAAAUUAUCUACCUGUUGACGGGAGAGGAUUAUAUUGUUGUGAAAAAUAAGGGGGAUAAUGUCGCAGGGGUCCGCGGCCUUUGUGCAACGGAGAGCGUCUGCAGGACUCCAAGCCCUGUGAUGGCUCCUCAUAAUUCAUUGCAAGAGAACAAUGAGAAGAAAAUCCUUAGACUCGCCAACAAAAUAGUCAGCCUUCUGACCAGAGAGGUUUCUUUGCGAUGCGACAAUGAAGCCGUAACUUUUUCGAAGAAAGAAGGAGACUAUUUAGAAGAAGAUAAGGAUUCUCACAAGGAUGUGGUGGGAGAGAAUAUCUGCCCCGUCAGUUCUCAGGAGAUUAUUCAAAGUCAAUCAGAAUGGAAUGUGAUCGACUCUAAGGAACGCCAAGACAAGAGCGUACAAACCAAAUUCUGUACAGAGAACAUGCUGCCAGAGCCUACAUUUUCCAUAUCUACAGCAGAAGAAAUGAGAAGAUUGCAUCCCUCCGAGAUAGAAGAAAAUGAAUUCACUUGUACAGAGUAUAAGAUGGAGCAAGGAGUCAGGAUAUGUACUGUGCAAUGUAAGGAGGAAGAGAUUCCUACAGAGAUCAGCCCAGUAGAUGUCCCAGUCGAUGAGGAAGCUCAGCCGGAAGAACUCAGUAUUUAUUUUUCGACUCCAGAAAAGGUCAUAAAAAAUAAUAUGAUCAACCAAGAUGAUAAAGGAAAGAACGUAAUAAAUUACAGCUCGUCGAGAAAGCAUUUGAAAAAAACAGAGACCGUUUCAAGUACAGACCCGUCUUUCCCUAAAGAUCUGAAACCUGAUGAGGAUUCAAGUCUUCCCCUCCGUAAACGUUGCAAGGAUAGCUUGGCAGCACAGAAAAACCAAGAGGAUUUGUUUGGAAAUUCUUAUGAGUGCAGGAAAUGUGAGAUAAGCUUUAAUGAUGAGUUGGCUUUUCUGUCUCAUGAGAAAUGGCACGGGGUCGAGCUUUACAACUGCACCGAAUGCAGAGAAUGUUUCACGGACUACGCAGAUUUUGCCACACAUCUUACCACUCACAACGUGCAAUACUGGAAACAUUUAUUUUCACAACCCAGAUCUCACCCGCUACAGACGGUUCAUGCAGGUCAGAAACCAUUCACCUGCUCCGACUGCGGGAAGUGUUUUGCGUAUAACUCAGCCUUUCUCCGUCAUCGGAGAAUUCACACCGGAGAGAAACCAUUUGUUUGCAUUGAAUGUGGGAAGUGUUUUUCUCAAAACACACAUCUGGCUAAACACCGAAAUAAACACAACACAAUGAAGACAGUGUAAUAAUUGAACAUCUCACAUUUUCUGUGUUUUUUUUGUUUUGUUAUGUUUCAUAUUUAGUUUACAAACUAUAUUUCUCUAUAAAAAAAAAAAAAUCAAAAAUAGAAUUUAUUAUAUAAUUUUAUUGACUUUGAAAUCGCAGUUUUUCCUGUAGGUUAUUCUUGUUUCUGACGCAGUCCAGAGGGGGACAUUGAGCUGUAUGUUAUACUAGGUACCCACAAUUGUAUGUACAUCGGUUAACUUAUUAGUUAUAUGGUAAAACAUAUACAAAAUGGCUGCAGUUUCUGGGAUUAUGGGAUCUUGAAAGAUGCACAAAGUUACAAGAAGCAUCUCAAAGCAGACUAUUUAAAAAUUAUAUAUACAUUUAUUUUCUUUUGAUACCACUUUUCUUUUCCAUUU